GUGUACCUGCAGCAGUUUUAGAAAAUUUUGCAGAUUAUAUUAUUCUUGCAUUUACAAAAAAACAAAUAGAUGAGAAAUUAAAUAGAAUAUAUGGAUCAGUUGAACAACAAAUUGCAAUAAAAGAAGCAAACUCAAGUAAUAAAUUUAUAAAUAGAGAAAUUAUUAGCAUAUCAACAUCUAAAAAAUCUUAUUUGAUAGUUUCUUAUAUUGCAUUUUCCAAAACUGUUAUACAAUUGGUUAAAGAUUUAUUCAAAACUUAUGUUAAUGAUCAAAUAGUUUAUUUAGAAGGUGUUUUUAAAAAAAUUAUGAAGGCAGGAAAAUAUAAUAAUAAUGCUGAACUUUGGAAAGUAGCAUCAAUUGCAUUUUUGGAUGUAGUAAAUCAUGGAUUGAAUGCUUUAGACUGUAUUGGUGAUG